UAGGAACGAGAUUUCCGCUUUGGAACGCUCUUCCUUCAAGCCCCGCCCCUCACAUGGCAACUGCUUCUGCUCCGGAUUGGUGGGCGGAGCUUGAGGGGGGCUGAGUUUGCGCCCGGCUCUGUGUUCCAACCGGUGAUAGACCCGCGGGGCGUGUUUUGGGGGACGGACCAUCGCUACUGGGGGGACUUAAUGGGUGUUACACACACGCGCGUGCCAUGGUCCUCGUGAUUCUUCGGUGGCGGCAGCUGCUGCAGAGGUUGCGCGUCGCUAUUCCUCUCCCACCGGCUGGGCGUUUAGCGCCCGCUCCGGUCAGGUUUUGGCACGCCACUGGCGCCAGCUAUCGGCUCCCGGAGUCUGGCCAUGGGCCUGCUAAGGGAAGGGGGGGUUGGGACGGCAACCGGAGCAGCUGUGGAGCAGGGGGCGACGAGGAGGAAGACGGGGAAGACGAGGACAGGCUGGACAUAGAUGAAGAUCUGCUGGAACCGAGCCUGCCCACUCUCCCUCUUGACGCCCAGAAAGUGUUUAUUGUUCAUCCAGCUGUGAAAUGGGGGCCAGGCAAGCCGCAGCUGACCACAGCUGAACUACAACUAGCUGAGGCUGCUGCUCUCAUAAACACCAUACAGAACUGGACAGUUGUAGAUAAAAUAAUCCUUUCUACAAAAGUUCCUGACAAGAAACUCAUCUUUGGCAAAGGGAAUUUUCAGCUUCUGACUGAUAAGAUUAAAGGACUGCCAAACGUAUCAUCUGUCUUCGUAAAUGUCGAAAGGCUUUCUCCUCUAACAAAGAAAGAACUUGAGGAAGCCUGGCAAGUGAAGGUCUUUGACAGAUACACAGUCGUCCUUCAUAUUUUCCGCUGCAAUGCUCGAACGAAAGAGGCAAAGCUCCAGAUAGCAUUGGCUGAAAUCCCACUUCUAAGGACCAAUGUAAGAAAUGAUGUCAAUCGGUUGGAUCAGCAGAGAGGUGGCUCAAGAUACAUUAUGGGUUCAGGUGAAACGUUCAUGGAAGUACAACUUCGCCUCUUAAAAGAAAAGGAACAAAAAAUUCGAAAAGCACUAGAGAGGCUUAGAAGAAAAAGGCGCUUGCUCAGAAGUCAUAGAAGAAAGUGCGAGUUUCCUACUAUUUCAGUAAUGGGCUACACCAAUUGUGGUAAAACCACUCUAAUCAAGGCCCUUACUGGGGAUUCAGCACUGCAGCCUCAAGAUCAGCUCUUUGCAACAUUGGACAUUACAGCCCAUGCUGGCCUCCUGCCAUCACGUCUGACUGUCCUGUAUGUUGACACGAUUGGAUUUCUGUCUCAGCUGCCCCAUGACCUUGUGGAAUCGUUUUCAGCUACAUUAGAAGAUGUAGCCUGCUCAGAUUUAAUUGUACACGUGCGGGAUGUUAGCCAUCCGGAAAGCAGCCUCCAGAAGGAAAGUGUGCUGUCGGUUCUCAGGAAACUUAAUCUUCCCAGCCACCUACUGGAGUCAAUUAUUGAAGUUCACAAUAAAGUGGAUUUGAUAAAUAGGUAUCAUCCGGCUGAGCCAGAUGCAAUGGCUGUUUCUGCUCUCCUUGGGCAUGGUUUAGAAGAAUUAAAAAAGGAAAUAGACAGCAGAAUUUUGAAAGUAACUGGGAAAAACAUUAUGACAAUUAAAAUCGAUCUAUCUGGACCUCAGCUCAGUUGGCUCUACAAAGAAGCAACAGUGCAAGAUGUGGAUGUUGUUCCUGAAGAUGGUACAGCCAACGUGAAGGUGAUCAUAAACAAUUCCACUUUGGGCAAAUACAAAAGACUGUUUCCUCGAUCAAGUUAUUCCUCUUGCAGUUAGCAAGAUAUAUUAUCUUUGCAGAGAAUCUCUGAUUAAUAGGUAUUGCAGAGCUGUUAAACACACACAGAGAGAGAGAGAGCGCUUUGCUAGAAUAUAGACCUUCAUCCUGUUUGCUUCAGAUGGACCAGGAACUGUUUGCCUUGAAUUGCUGAAGAAACGUAUUUGUGAAAACGUCAUGAGACAGUUGCAACACUUUCAGUUUAUGGAGAAUUGCAUAAAACCACCCAUCCUUGGCAAAGUGACAGAUCUAUUCCAUUGCUUAUAUGCAGGGUUUGUUAUCAGUCAGAAAGCUAAUUUUUAAUCAAAGUGAAUGUUGUUUUAUCGGAAAAGUUGCCGUGAUUUUCCAGACUGCUAAUGCUGCUCUAACUUCUGUAUUACAAUUCCUGACACUUUGUUAAAAAAUACUUAUUUGGAGAAGAAAAGUCCCAAAGUUUUAUAUUACAGGCUUGGGCUCCCCUCCUUUAACAAAAAUAAAUAUUUAAUGCCUUGAGGGGAAACUUGAUUGUAGCUCUAUUUUUUUCAAUGUACACUUAGAACUGUUAACACUGACUAGGGAUUCUGAAAUACAUUGGUCAGCCUUUCUGCUGCUGUUCCUUUCUUAUACUCUUCAUAGAAGUAGAUUAGCUUUUUCUGUAAUGCUGCUACAUGGUGGUUGAAGUCGAGUGUUCUUAUUUAUUCAGUAUGACUCCCUAAGGCUUGCUUUUGGAAUGAAUAUUCGCUUUCCUGUUGCCCACCAUGGUAAACAUGAUGCUCUAGCUAAACAUUUUGUUCCUAGUGGUCCCUAAACCAUGAACUUCAAUCACAUUCCUUAUUUUUGCAUUCCAUAUUUUUCGCUCCAUAAGACGCACUUUUUUCCUCCUAAAAAGUAUGGGGAAAUGUCUGUGCAUCUUAUGGAGCAAAUGCAUGGUCCCUGGAGCCGAAUUGCCCAGGGACAAAAAACAGAUCGUGUUUGUUUGUUUUUAAAAAGGAAGAACUAAAGGCUAACAAGAGGGAAAGAGGCAGUUGAAAGGAACCCGCUCAGCAGCUGAUUGCAAGAGAUCUGGGAGGGAGAUAAGGGACGCUAGCUCCCUUCCAGGCCCCGCCCCCUUGCCCAGGCGUCCAUUGUUGAAUGUUCUGCAGAAGGAGGCUGCAGCAACAUGUGACUGGGUGAUUAUAUUAUCUGUCUGAAAACUGUAGAAAUAGCUCCCUUUCCUAAAGAAGCUGCAGAACUGUGAGUUGAACCCCAUAAAAACAGGAUUGUUUCCCUUUGAAAGGUAAGCUCAACAACUUUGAGCUGAUCCUCAAAAAUGGAGCUUUCCCCAUUUGCAAAAGAAGCUGCACAACUUUGAGCUGAUGCUCAAAAAAUGGAGCUUCCC